AUGUCCAGGGCGCUAGUGCAGAAAGUGGCCAACUAUGUUCGGAGCAAGCAUUUCCAGGACUACUUGAUGAGUACACACUUUUGGGGGCCAAUAGCCAAGUGGGAGCUCCCAAUUGCAGCCAUCAAUGAGAUGAAGAAAUCUCCAGAGAUCAUUAGUGGCAGAAUAAUGACAUUUGCCCUUUGUUGUUAUUCUUUGACAUUCAUGAGAUUCUCCUACAAGGUGCAACCUUGGAACUGGCUCCUCUUUGCAUGCCAUGCCAUGGAUGAAGUAGCCCAGCUCAUCCAGGGUGGAGGCCUCUUCAAACACCAGAUGACUAAAAAGCCUCUGUGUAACAAUGGGAUGGGGGCUGUUCCCUGGUUCAGGGACAGAAUUUCCAGCUACAGCUCCUGA